CCUUCCAACAAGUGCCACUACCACUUUCUGAUGGCCGCCUUUGGAUUCACGGAAAGCCAGCUCACGGCCUUCCGCACCGCGUUUGGUCGAUUCGACCAGGGCACUGGCUUGGUCCGCCGUCCUGCUGCAGACCAGCUGUUCGACGAUGUGCGCGAGACGGCCGAGCUCGGCCAGAGCGACAUGAGUGACUUUGUCGAGCUUUUCGAGUCCAUCUCCAAGGAUGGGGCCUGCGGUCUGCGCGAAUUUGUUGGUAUUCUUGAUACCAUGAAAAACAACAGCCGAGCUGGCACGCGACGAAUGCCGCGGGAUGCACAACGCAACGGCUUGCGCAAGCCGUCCUUGCAGAACAUGGCGGGCCAAUUCAAGCGUGGCCUGACCAACUUUUUCGGCGUCUCAGACGAGCAUCAAGCGCGCUGGCAGCACACCAUUGAGCAGCGAACCUCGAGAGACGGUGGUAUUGUGAUGGCGGAUGGAGGCACUGGCACGCUCGUGCGCCUGGGCUCGACCAUCAACAGCUCCUUGCGUCGUCUGUCGCGUCCGGGCUCGGUCGAUCCAGUGCCUGGGGCAAACGAAGGCAGGGGCAGCAGCAGCAGCGGCAACACCAGUGGGCCCAGUAGCCCGCAGCUGGCACGCAAGACAUCGCGUGUCGGCUUUCACCAUCUUGGCAAUCUCGCCGAGGAAGCCGACACCGAGUAUGACACAAUUCCAGAUCUAUCUCUGCCACAGGAAAUCCCAAUGCAGCGCAUCGCAUCACCGCCCGCAGCGCCCGCAGCGCCCGCAGCGCCUCCGCUGCUUGUGCGUGCGACGCCGACCGCCGCGGCUCGGUCCCCCGCAGCAACGCCUGCCGCCACUGCUCCGCAACCUGCUCAGCAUCCCGCGGCAUAUCUUGGCGCGUCGGAAUCCAGCUUGGCACUGGCGGCCGCCGGUGUGACCGAGGAGGAGUUUUUGCGGCUCCAAGAAGACGAGUUGCGGUUCUACGCCCAGCGCGAUGCCGAGAUUGCGGCCCAAGCAGCCGCCCUCGACCAGUUUGCAAAGCGUCGCGAGUUGGAGAAGGCGGCUACGGUUGGACCGUCUCGAGCUGGGCCCCGUCCUGCAAUGGUGGUGGAUACGUUUGAUUUCUCCGUCCCCGAUGCUCAGACUCCGUCUGUGCCGCCGCCGCCGCGCCCGGAUCGCAGUCGAACUGGCUCUCCAGUCCACUUCCCUGGCACCCCUGCACGAGGAUCACCCUCGCCGCACUCUGACGUUGUUCAGCUGGGCGAAGGCCUCCCUCCACCAAUCCCUGAUCGUCGCUCCCCAGCGCCAGACACUCGCGCUGACGCGGUCCUCUUGGGUGUCCCAGGGCAAUCGCGCUCACGCCCGGCAUCGACUGUUGGUCCGUCUGCGUCCCCGGCUCGGUCGCCGCGCCCCGUCUCGGCCGUGAUUCCGGCGUCGUGGCGCGGUCCCGAGGCACCAGUGUUCCCCAACAUCCGCGCCGCAGAGAUGGAUGGCGAUGUUACAGUGCUGCGCCCAGCGUCGCGCGACGGCUCGCGCCCGCGUUCUGCUGCGGCUGGACCUGCUGGGCAGAGUCCGCUGCGCGAUCCCGAGCUUGAAAUUCGCACGCUCUCGGUUGGCGGUGGUCGCUCAACGCGUGGGCAACGACGCCAGCCCCGCCCAGCCGUCGCUUCGGCUUUUGGUGCAGGAAGUGGUGGGCAGCAAGCGAACGCCGCCCCGGUCUCGGACUUUUACGCUGCGGCUCUGGCUGCAUCUGGCAUUGCCGUGGACGCGGCCGUGGCCCAGCGUGCGCAGUCGCGGCCCCCGGCUCCCGUCGAUUACCUGGCUGAAGACUGGUUUGCCAGCGACGAUGUGUCUGGUCCCCCGCCAGCCUACACAGAGUCGGACAUUAUUGUUUCGGCAGCCUCCGCAGGCGCCUUCUCGAUGGCUGCCAGCCGCUCCAGCAACAACAACAACAACAACAACAACAACAACAACCGAGGAUCGUCCUCCUCCUCAUCAUCACGACGCCCACGAGGUCGCGCAAGUCGCAUCAUGCCCGAGCACCAGCGCUCUUGGAGCCGACUCGACACGCUGGUCAAGGACCAGCUGCGUGCCAUGCCCGUGUACAAGCCGUGGUUUACCCGAUUCAUCAUUGCGAUUCAGCUCAUCAUGCUCAUUGCCGAGCUUGGCAAGGCCGGCGUGGCGCCGAUCGCGUUCAACAUUGAGGUCGAAACGGCAAAUAAGGCCUGGUUUGUGGGUGUGCGAACGUACAGCCGCAACUCAUCGGCAAACUUUUGGAUUGGUCCCGACACGAAAUUCCUCAUCAAUUUUGGUGCCAAGUACACACCCUGUAUACGGCAAGACGCUGGUAUCAUCAAUGCGCUUGCCAACCAGACCAUCCAGGAGCAAAGCUAUGUUUGUUGUCAGCGCUUGGGCACGCCCAACGUCUGCGGCCGCAUGGCUCCCGCAACGUGUAGUCCAUCCAUCGGUACUUAUACGGUCGAUCGUGUGUGUUCAACCGUCCCAAACUGCACCGAUAUCGUGCUGCAUCCGUGUACCUACGGCUACCUGGGAACGUGCGAGCUCCUGACGUCCGACGCUUGCGACUUCCUGGAUGGCUACUACCACGAGGACAAGGAGCUCUGCUCUGAGAUUGAGCCGAUGGGCGACUUGUGCAGCCACGUCGGUCUCCAGCAUCGCGACGACCCUGCGCAAUGGUAUCGGUUUAUCUCGCCAAUCUUCCUGCAUGUCGGCAUCAUUCAUUUCAUCUUUGUGGCCAUCUUUGAAAACUCGGUCGUCGGGCAAGUCGAGCGCAGUGCGGGCUGGCUCCGUACGGCGCUCAUCUUUUUCAUCUCUGGCAUUGGUGGCGACAUCAUUUCGGCCAUUUUUGUGCCAAACCAACCGACCGUGGGAGGCACGGGCGCGCUCUUUGGCUUUUUGGGGGUGCUCUUUGUCGAGCUCUUCCAGUCGUGGCAGCUGUGUCGCCGUCCAGUCGUGGAACUCAUCAAGCUCAUUCUCCUGGUGGUAAUUGCACUGGUGAUUGGACUGCUGCCGUGGGUCGACAACUGGGCACACAUUGGUGGCUUUUUCUUUGGUGUGGUUGCCGGCAUCAUCUUCUUGCCCUACAUUGUCUUUGGCAAAUGGGACCAGCGACGCAAGCGUAUUCUGCUGGUUGUCUGCAUCCCUCUGCUCAUCAUGAUGUUUAUUGCCUCGCUGGUGGUCUUCUACGCGCUCAAUGUUCCCAACUUUUGCUCGUGGUGCCGCUACGCCGACUGCGUGCCAUUCACGCCCGAUUUUUGCACGAGCCAAGACUUGUUUUAACGCGCUGGUUGGAGCAAGUCCACUGCUUUUGCGUGCCGGCAUCUGGCUGAGGUCUGAUCGGAAGGAAGUCUGCGGUUUCUUUCCAUGUGCUUUUUUUGCGCAGACGUGUUCUCUUUCCCUCCCCCCCCUGUGCUCUCCUUUUGCUCUCGUUUCAAAGUUACUUCAGUGCUUGUCGAUGAGGUUUAUUCGUGUUAUGUGUGUUGCUUUCGCUUUGUUUCUUCUGAUUUCUGAUGCAAAAUUGUGUGUUGCGUUCAAUGUCCCUCCGAUAUGCUACCAUGUCUGUGCUCAUGUAGCAGUAAAACGACCGACAGUAGCUGUCGUAAUUGCUAGUG